AACAAAUCUCAAUUAGUCUUAUUGCGAUUUAAAACACUUCAACUGUACAACAUUUACAUUUAAGAAAAUAUGUUACAGUCUAUACUGUUUAUACUUAUAAUUAUAAAUUCAUGAUGAAUAAUUUUGUUUCAAUGGAAUCAAAUCAUGACAGAAGAAUAAUAAUUGUCGGUGCUGGUGCCUCAGGUAUUGCAGCAGCAUCGAAGUUAUUUCAAAAUGGUUUUAAAAAUAUUAAAUUAAUUGAAGCUGAAAAUCGAAUCGGUGGUCGCCUUUAUGCUGUCAAAAUAGGUGAUUAUAUGAUAGAUAUGGGCGGUCAGUGGGUGCAUAGCGAAAAAAAUAAUGUCGUAUUUGAAUUAGCUUGGCCACUAGGUCUCGUUGAACGAUUUAAUGUGACAAUGAAAUGGACAUUUAAAAUAUAUAAAUCUGAUGGUUCAUCAUUAUCGGAAGAAUUAAGCACGAGUUUGAAUAAUUAUUAUCGCAAUGUCAUGGAGAAUACAGAUGAUAUUGAUGAUUCAAAAACUUUAUCUUACGGGGAACAUGCGCAAGCAAAAUUGGAAGAAUUCUUCAAAACUCAUCCGGAGAUAACAGAUGAUCUGAAGAAACCACUCCUGCAUUUCUUUAAUUUAGUACAGGGAGCAGCUGAUGGUUCAGAUGAUUGGAAUAAAGUUUCAGUAAAGAGUUUAAAAAAUAAUGUUGAAUCUGAAGGUGAUCAAUCUAUUAAUUGGAAAGAACGAACUUAUUCAACGAUACUAGAUAUAUUAAUGAAAAAAUAUCCAAAUCCUGAAGAGGAACUGCCAAUCAUAAAUAAUACUAUUUUAAAUUCAAAAGUUGUUAAAAUAAAUUUGGAUACAGCAGAUGCACCGGUCCAAGUAAUUACUCAAGACGGUAAAACAUAUUUGGCUGAUCACGUUAUCGUAACAUCGUCUUUGGGAGUAUUAAAAGCUGAUUAUGAUAAAUUAUUUAACCCGCCGCUACCGGAUAAUAAAAUUAACGCUAUUCAAAAUAUUGAAAUGGGGCAUGUAGCUAAAAUAUUUUUAUUCUACGAUAACCCAUGGUGGCAUGAUGGUAUUUAUUGCAAAUCUUUGUUAUGGACUGAACAAGACAAAAAAAAAAUAGAGAACGAUCCGGAGACAAGAUGGUUAUCUGGAGUUCAUGAAGUAAUUAGUGUAGAGCAUAAACCGAAAAUAAUGUGCCUAUGGAUGACUGGUCCAUAUGUCACAGAAAUGGAACAAGUACCGGAAGACAAAUUCCGUAGUCAAAUACUCGAACUAUUAAAUCAAUUUUUUGGACAUUCUUUUAAUUUAACGCAACCUUCUGAAAUAGUGAGAUCUAUGUGGAAUACAAAUGAUAAUUUCCGUGGAACAUAUAGUUGGCGUAGCGUUAACUCGGAUUUAAAAAAUGCGCGUAAUGAAGAUUUGGCCGAGCCAAUUAUGAAAAAUGAUAAACCUGUGAUAUUAUUUGCGGGUGAAGCUACAGAUGAACGCUAUUCGACUGUUCAUGGUGCAAUUAAUUCAGGAUGGCGUGAAGCUGAUCGAUUAAUUAAUUUAUCUAUACUGUUGAUAUUUAUAAUUAUAAAUUCAAUAAUAAAUAAUUUUGUUUCAACAGAAUCAAAUCAUGACAGAAGAAUAAUAAUUGUCGGCACUGGUGCCUCAGGUAUUGCAGCAGCAUCGAAGUUAUUUCAAAAUGAUUUCAAAAAUAUUAAAUUAAUUGAAGCUGAAAAUCGAAUCGGUGGUCGCCUUUGGGCUAUCAAAAUAGGUGACUAUAUGCUAGAUAUGGGUGGUCAGUGGGUGCAUGGUGAAAAAAAUAAUGUUGCAUUUGAAUUAGCUUGGCCACUAGGUCUUAUUGAACCAUUUAAUGUAACAAUGAAAUGGACAUCAAAAAUAUAUAAAUCUGAUGGUUCAUCAUUAUCUGAAGAAUUAAGCACGAGUUUGAGUAUUUAUUAUCACAAUGUCAUGGAGAAUACAGAUGAUAUUGAUGAUUCAAAAGCUGUAUCUUACGGGGAACAUGCGCAAGCAAAAUUGGAAGAAUUCUUCAAAACUCACCCAGAGAUAACAGAUGAUCUGAAGAAACCACUCCUGCAUUACUUUAAUUUAAUACAGGGAGCAUCUGAUGGUUCAGAUGAUUGGAAUAAAAUUUCAGCAAAGAGUUAUAAAAGUUAUCUUGAAUGUGAAGGCGAUCAAUCUAUUAAUUGGAAAGAACGUACUUAUUCAACGAUAUUAGAUAUAUUAAUGAAAAAAUAUCCAAAUCCUGAGGAGGAACUGCCAAUCAUAAAUAAUACUAUUAUAAAUUCAAAAGUUGUUAAAAUAAAUUUGGAUACAGCAGAUGCACCGGUUCAAGUAAUUACUCAAGACGGUAAAACUUAUUUAGCUGAUCACGUUAUCGUAACAUCGUCUUUGGGAGUAUUAAAAGCUGAUUAUGAUAAAUUAUUUAACCCGCCGCUACCGGAUAAUAAAAUAAACGCUAUUCAAAAUAUUGAAAUGGGGCAUGUAGCUAAAAUAUUUUUAUUUUAUGAUAAUCCAUGGUGGCUCGAUGGUAUUUAUGUCAAAUCUUUAAUAUGGACUGAACAAGAUAAAAACAAGAUAGAGAACAAUCCGGAGACAAAAUGGUUAUCUGGAGUUUAUGCUGUGGCUAGUGUAGAGCAUAAACCAAAAAUAAUGUGCCUAUGGAUGACUGGUCCAUAUGUCACAGAAAUGGAACAAGUACCGGAAGAUAAAUUCCGUAGUCAAAUACUUGAACUAUUAAAUCAAUUUUUAGGACACUCUUAUAAUAUAACGCAACCUUCUGAAAUAGUGAGAUCUAUGUGGAAUACAAAUGAUAAUUUCCGUGGUACAUACAGUUGGCGUAGCGUUAACUCGGAUUUAAAAAAUGCGCGUAAUGAAGAUUUGGCCGAGCCAAUUAUGAGAAAUGAUAAACCUGUGAUAUUAUUUGCGGGUGAAGCUACAGAUGAACGCUAUUCGACUGUUCAUGGUGCAAUUAAUUCAGGCAAAUCACAGCUAGUCUUAUUGCGAUUUAAAUCACUUCAACUGUACAACAUUUACAUUUAUAAAAAUAUGUUACAGUCUAUACUGUUUAUAUUUAUAAUUAUAAAUUCAAUGAUAAAUAAUUUUGUUUUAACGGAAUCAAAUCAUGACAGAAGAAUAAUAAUUGUCGGCACUGGUGCCUCAGGUAUUGCAGCAGCAUCAAAGUUAUUUCAAAAUGGUUUUGAAAAUAUUAAAUUAAUUGAAGCUGAAAAUCGAAUCGGUGGUCGCCUUUAUGCUGUCAAAAUAGGUGAUUAUAUGCUAGAUAUGGGUGGUCAGUGGGUGCAUGGUGAAAAAAAUAAUGUUGCAUUUGAAUUAGCCUGGCCACUAGGUCUUAUUGAACCAUUUAAUGUAACAAUGAAAUGGUCAUCUAGAAUAUAUAAGUCUGAUGGUCAAUCACUAUCCGAAGAAUUAAGCACAAGCUUGAGUGAAUACUAUUUUAGGGUCAUAACCAAUGUAGAUGGUAUUGAUGAUUCAAAAACUGUAUCCUACGGGGAACAUGCGCAAGCAAAAAUGGAAGAGUUUUUUAAAACUCAUCCGGAGAUAACAGAUGAUCUGAAGAAACCACUCUUGCAUUUAUUCAAGUUAGCACAUGGAUCGUCUGAUGGUUCAGAUGAUUGGAAUAAAGUUUCAGCAAAAAGUUUUAAAAGUUAUCUUGAAUGUGAAGGCGAUCAAUCUAUUAAUUGGAAAGAACGCACUUAUUCAACGAUAUUAGAUAUAUUAAUGAAAAAAUAUCCAAAUCCUGAGGAGGAACUGCCAAUCAUAAAUAAUACUAUUUUGAAUUCAAAAGUUGUUAAAAUAAAUUUGGAUACAGCAGAUGCACCGGUCCAAGUAAUUACUCAAGACGGUAAAACUUAUUUGGCUGAUCACGUUAUCGUAACAUCAUCUUUGGGAGUAUUAAAAGCUGAUUAUGAUAAAUUAUUUAACCCGCAGCUACCGGAUAAUAAAAUAAAUGCUAUUCAAAAUAUUGAAAUGGGGCAUGUAGCUAAAAUAUUUUUAUUUUAUGAUAACCCAUGGUGGCAUGAUGGUAUUCACUUCAAAUCUUUAUUAUGGACCGAAGAAGACAAAGAAAAACUAGAGAACGAUCCGGAGACAAGAUGGUUAUCUGGAGUUUAUGCUGUAAUUAGUGUAGAGCAUAAACCAAAAAUAAUGUGCCUAUGGAUGACUGGUCCAUAUGUCACAGAAAUGGAACAAGUACCGGAAGAUAAAUUCCGUAGUCAAACACUUGAGCUAUUAAAUCAAUUUUUUGGACACUCUUAUAAUAUAACGCAACCUUCUGAAAUAGUGAGAUCCAUGUGGAAUACAAAUGAUAAUUUCCGUGGUACAUACAGUUGGCGUAGCGUUAACUCGGAUUUAAAAAAUGCGCGUAAUGAAGAUUUAGCCGAGCCAAUUAUGAGAAAUGAUAAACCUGUGAUAUUAUUUGCGGGUGAAGCUACAGAUGAACGCUAUUCGACUGUUCAUGGUGCAAUUAAUUCAGGAUGGCGUGAAGCUGAUCGAUUAAUUAAUUUAUAUUAAUCAGUCAUUUUACAAUUAAAUGACAUAUUAAUUCAAUUUUUAAUUUACCAAUAAAAAUUAAUUAAGUGCUAUUAUAUGUUUAAAAUAAUUCGCUUUGUAAUUUAUCACAACAAUAUAAAAAAGUACCUAUUCAA